AAUGAACCCAGCAAUAAUGGAAGCUGCUACUGUACUGUAGUAACCGUGUGACAUGGCACCUUCCUGUGCAAUGCUGUCCUGUGUCAAGAGCAAAUCUUGACAACAGCCAGUUUCGCUUUGUGUUGAUCAGCUUCAGCACAACACCUUUUUGUGAUACACCAGCCGGUCUUUUGGUUUUUCCAUAUUUUAGAGAUGGGAGGUAUUCAUUCCGAGCCACUGGCCGAGAUCAGAAAAGAGGAUGUCGCAAGGCGUGUGAUAUCCUUGGGAGCAGAGUAUCAAGACUACGCACUGUUAGUGGAUGACAAUGGGAUCGAUGGAGACCUGUUGGGAGAAAUGGACGAAGCGAUCUUUUUGGAAACUCUGGAUGACAUUGGCCUGGACAAUCGCACACAUCGUGCCAAGUUGCUGCAGGAAUUUCACAAGUGCGCUCGAGGCUAUACCAUUGAAGUACAACAGCAGCAGCAACAACAGCAACAUAUUAUCCAGGAAGUCACUGUCGGUCGUCAUAUUCCACAGGAGGUGCCAUCUCCUCUCCUGGAGGCAGCAACGACAACAGCACAACGACGAGAUUCCACACAACACCCCUCCUAUCACGUGGAUCAUCCCAAUCGAGCUACCACAGAGGCCGAACAGGCUCAUUUGGCACCCAAUUUCUUCCAAAAACUGGACACUGUCCCCGAAGCCACACGGCCACCCAUUGCCAAGGACGACAUGGAUCGCGUGGCGUUGGUAGAAAGUUACCGAUUGCAAGAUAUUGAACCUGAUUCGGAUAUUGCCCAAAAAUUAGUGGGGUUGGUACAAAUGGCCAUGAAUCUAUUUGAUGUCGAUCUGGGAGAUAUUACAUUUCUCAAUCAUGAAUGUCAAUACAGUCUCGCCCGAGUUGGAUUGACCGAACCCAUGGAAGAGGCCAUUAUCGAUAAGGUCUAUGAUGCCAUUAAUUAUUCACAAGAUGGAAAACCCUUCCUCUGCAAGACAUCACGGUCCAUUGGUAUUUGCAAUUUUCCAACCUACUCGGGACAGAGCUUUCUCGUGCCGGAUAUUGAACAGGAUAUUGCCUUUCAGUGGAUGCGGGUGGUGUGGCCCUUUCGGUGUUACCUGGGAGCACCACUCUUGACAGCUUCCGGUGUUGUGUUUGGCACCCUCUGCAUGCAUUCUCUAGAACCCCGCGAGGAUUUGAAUGAGGAAGGCUUUGCAGUGCAAUUAGAGCAAGUGGCCAACAUGGUGGUACAGAGUAUUGAGAAUUGGAAAUUGAGACGCAACAUUAAUCGACUGGAAACGACUCGAUUAUCACUACAAACGACAAAAAACAAAUCCAAACCACCGCAAGACAAGGCUGUGGCCGUUUUUACAGGGGUCGAGGAAUGUGAAACUCUGGAGGGCAUUGCACCAGCGUUGAUCCAAGAUGGUGUGGCGCUGUAUCAUCAGAUUGCUCAACAAUUGCGGGAAGAAUACUUUGGUUAUGAGGUUUCCAGACGGGGACCCGAUGGAUUGUUUUUGGUGUUUCAUGAUGCAGUCGACGCCUUUGGAUUCGCUUUGGAUUUGCAGCAACAGCUAUUUGAUGCCAAUUGGUCCCCCGAACUAUUGGCCCUACCUCGGGUCGGUGACAAUGGCAGCGGCUUUCGGGGUCUACGAGUCAAAGUGGGAGCGUACAUGGGGGAUGUCACGGCCAUUAUAAAUCGCAAAACAGGAGCAAUGGAAUAUCAAAGCGUCAAGAGCUGCACCAUUGGGAUUGCCAAGAAUCUCUACGAAAUGGCUGCAGGAGGACAGAUUCUAACCAUCUUUGAUACGUGGAAUGUGGCCUCGUUUUUGGCAGAAACAAAGCUGUUCUCUCCCCAGGUGGUGGACCUGGGCUCACAUGUGAUCAAGAAGGGCAAGAGCUCCCACGAUGGGGUCAUUUCCGAACGAAUUGUCCAGCUCGUUCCAGCACCGCUGGCAAGUGAUUUUAGUGAAAUGGCCAAAUUGGGGGAGAGUUACACAAGCUUUGACCUGGAUGGGAUGAGUGCUGACCUUAGCAUGGAUGCCAGCAUGGACUUGGGAAGAGGCCUAAGGUCUUCCAGCUUGUGGGGGCGACAAUUUCCAGACAUCAAGAGUGAAAAGAAGCUCUCCCCUUCAUUCUACGAUGCCCCAGGAGUCAAUGCCAGUGGCAAAGCCAAGGUUACGAUUGCAUUUAUAUCAACCAGCGAAAUUGAAAAGCGAUACAAGGAGGCGGCAGCCAUUGUCUCCCGAAUCAUAGGGCUGGCCUCGUCGGCUCUCACCGGGACAUCUGGUUAUCAAUGUCAAAACAACAUGUUGGCGUUUUCGGAUAGCCGGGCAGCAAUCAACUUUGGGCUGGGGUUCUUUCAGCUUCUCAAGAGGCAACAACCACUGCCGGGAGGGGUAAAUCUUUCUACACUGGUGUCGUAUGGAUGUGUCCAUGACUCCUUCAUCACACUGGAGCCACACAAGACUACUGGACGGGCAGAUUACUUUGGGAAGGUUGUGAACCGUGCCGCCCGUGUGGCUUAUUCUUCAGCGGUUGGGACUGUCUGUGUUGGCGAAACGAUUACUCCUGGGUACGAUCCCUCUGCGUUUAAGGUGAAUGAUCCUAAAAUCAGUGUUCACUUUGUGGGCUAUCGAAAGCUCAAAGGAGUCGAUGGGGAGGUCGCUGUAUUCAAAUGUAAAAGAAUCAAAAAUGUGCUGCAACAAUAGACUAAGGUGGACUAACGUGCAACAAUGGAAAUGUAAUGGUAGAAACGUCUACUUUUCUUGGUUACAUUCUUGCAUUUAUUUCUAUUCUUUGUGGUCCAUAAAUUCUAUCAAUACUGCAAUGCAAAGCCUUACAAGGAAAAGCUGAAGAAAAUGUCAUUUUCCGUUUGUAGCAAGUGAGCCAGGUCUUCUUCAAAUGAGUACACAAGCACUCCUUGUUCAAUCAAUGUAUCAAUGGCUUGCACAUUCCCCUG